CCACAGUCCGAAGUUGAUAUACAGCUUAAACUCAAUCCCUUCCCCCAACUCACCCCCAAUAUCCAUAAUUCUAAUGAAUCAAACGAUAAGACCUCGUCUUCAUAUAAAAUGGACAAUAAUUUCGAGGCAAACAAAUCAGUCGUGAGUUUGAGCGAUGACUCAACGAAACUGGAUUUGGAUUAUGAAUUAGACCUGAGUUUGAGUUCAUGUGAAGAGUUAUAUGAGAUCCCAAUGGAAGACCUGCUGUCGUCCCCCUCUUGGAAACAAAUAGUCGAACAAAACUCUUUUCUUUGGCCAUAA